AUGUCAAUAGUAGCGCUCAGUAAGUUGAAGCUCUUCAUACACAGUCGACCUCGCGCUGAUACAAUGACCCACGCUGAAGAUGCGUCAUUGGACCUCAGCCAAAUAACUAAUGAGAAUUCAUACAUUUACUAUGAAAUAAAAAUAUCAACUUGUUUCAGAAAAAUCUGUACCCGCGGCCUCCAGCCGUCGACUGCCGUAUCCGUUAUCCGCAUGGCAACAACCGGGGCUGGGGGUGGGGGUGGGGUUACUAUGUUCACAUUGACGCGGAGCGAGUGUCUCCAACGACUGCAGUCUAUGACAUACAUAUACAUACAUACAUACAGUCAACAUGCAGGUUGCAAGAUCAAAGCUCUGCGCGCCAAGACCAACACAUACAUCAAGACCCCGGUGCGCGGCGAGGAGCCCGUGUUCGUGGUGACGGGCCGCAAGGAAGACGUCGCACGCGCCAAACGCGAGAUCCUCUCCGCCGCCGAGCACUUCUCGCAGAUCAGAGCCUCGCGCAAGUGUGGGGCCGCGCCCCCGCCGCCCGCCGGAGCGCCCGGACAUGUGACCGCGCAGGUGCGAGUGCCCUACCGCGUCGUGGGGCUCGUGGUGGGACCCAAGGGCGCCACCAUCAAGCGCAUCCAGCACACCACGCACACGUACAUCGUGACCCCGUCGAGGGAGCGCGAGCCCGUGUUCGAGGUGACCGGCCUGCCGGAGAGCGUGGAGGCGGCCCGCAAGGAGAUCGAGGCUCACAUCGCUCUGCGCACCGGCGCGGCCAACGGAGCGACGGGCGCGGGCGCGGUGGCCGGCGCGGAGGGCGAGCCGCUGGCCCAGCUGUACCGCGCCGGGCUCGCGUCCCUGCUGCGCCCCGAGCAGGAGGCCGCCUUCUCGUCCGCCGGCUCGUGCUCGUCGGGCGGCUCGUCGGGUCGGCUCGGCGACCUGCUCGGCAUCUGGUCAUCGACGGAGCGUGACGAGGGCCUGGGCGAGUCCCCGUCGUUCGAGUCCCCCGGCGCGGGCGGCGUGUGGGCGUGGGGUCCUCCUCGGCCCUCGCCGGCCGCGUCCCCCGCCCGCACGUGCGGCCUGUGCUCGGAGCGCGGGGUGUCCGCGGCGCUGGUGCCGUGCGGCCACAACCUGUUCUGUUUCGAGUGCGCCCAGCGGCUGGCCUCCUCGGGCGCGGCGUGCCCCGCCUGCGCCUCCCCCACGCAUCAAGCCAUCCGCAUCCUAUCGUAA